CCCUUCAUUCCCCGGCGGUGAUGUGUCUUGUUUAAAGGGCUUGGAGCUUUACGGAGAAUUGGGAUGUCCGUAUUCACAAAACAGCUGUACCCAUUGACGUGCCACAAAACCCAAACACUGUGCACAGCUGCUAGCUAAAGAAGCAUAGAAAAGAAAGGGACGCAGGCCUAGCGUUUGUGAAAUUAAUUUGUGACAUUUGUUGUUUAAAGGUGGUGCCGGAAGAUUUUGUAACGUCGUGCUAGCAUCUGUUGUAACUGAAGUCAGCUGGAGUUGUCACAUGGUUUUACUGAAAACUGACCAAAAAGAGUGAAGCGGUUGGUUUGAUGUGCAUGGCAUCCGGAUAAGAGGCACCAUGAGUGCGGAGCUGGACGCCCUGACCGUGGUGAACCAGCUGCGAGACCUGGCUGCGGACCCCCUGAACCGAAGAGCCAUCGUAGAAGACCAAGGCUGUCUGCCGGGCCUGAUCCUGUUCCUGGACCACCCCAACCCACAAGUCGUCUACUCGGCACUAUUAGCCGUGCGCUACCUGGCAGAAUGUCGAGCCAACAGGGAGAAGAUGAAGGGCGAGCUGGGCAUGAUGCUGAGCCUGCAGAAUGUCAUGCAGAAGAGUACGUCGCCCGGGGAGACCAAGCUGCUGGCCUCUGAGAUCUAUGAGAUCCUGCAGCUGGCGGGUAAAGAGGAGGCGGAGCAGGCGGAGGCGGCCGCUGCGUCCUGCCAGAAGAAAGCCCAGUUCUUCCUGGGCUCCAGCAACAAGAGGGCCAAGACGGUGGUGCUGCACAUCGACGGACUGGACGACUCAUCUCGACGGAGCCUUUGUGAGGACGCGCUGCUGAAGAUUCGAGGAGUGAUCAGCUUCACCUUCCAGAUGGCCGUCAAGAGAUGUGUAAUCAGGAUCCGCUCUGACCUCAAAGCUGAGGCGUUGGGCACAGCAAUCAACUCCACCAAAGUGAUGACGGCUCAGCAGGUGGUGAGGACGGAGAAUGGAGCCGAGAGGAUCUUGGCGUUCAGCGAGGACUCGGAGGAGGCGGUGGAGGUGAACGAAGACAUCCCAGAAUACCUGCCGGAGGAGGAGAGCCCGUCCGAGGAGCAGGACAAGGCGGUGACGCGCGUCGGCUCCAUCACAGACGGCAUGGGCUGGCUCAACACGGCCGCCAACUUCCUGACCCGCUCCUUUUACUGGUGACCACUUCCUGUCUCUCUCUCUGCUCCUGUGUCUCCUCCAAAGUACCAUCCAGCUGCAGCCUUAGCGUCUCUCAGCCUCGGACUAAGCCAACACUAGCGUAGCCCCCCCCCCUCACUUCGCUAAGCACACCACGAGCGUGCAACAAGUGCUGGACUGCCGAGUGGAACCUGCAAUAACUUUAACUUGUGUAUAUAUCCAGCUACAUCCCACUACUACUGGCUUUUAUGUGCACACCUAGCUGCGUAUGUAUCCCACCUGACAUAGAGGACUACAAAUUGUACCAAACCAAAUUCGGGACAUAUUUAAUUCUGGCUGAUUCAUUAGAAAUUGGAAGUUCUUGGUUUUUUUUUUUGUGUGCAUGGUUUUUGGUUGCUUUUCCUCAUCGUGUCUACUCCCUAUUCUUUUGACUAUACAUUGUUUUCAAUCUUUCAGUUUUAUUUAGCAUGCUUUUUCGUCUUUUGUGCCAACCUCGCCUGAUGCCUAGAUCUGUGGUUAUUGUGUGUGCCUUUUUGACAUUUUACUUUAGCUAUAUAUAUUUAAUGUAAUUUUUUCCAUCGUUCGUUUAAAUCAUUUGAGAGUCAGAUGUAACAGCUGUGCGGGGCGGCUCUUAGCUUAGCGUGGGACGUCUCCUCAGUAGAAAUAGUGAACUAGACACCGGCUCUCAUGCAUUACAUACUGAAUGAUAAACCACCACUAACUACAUUACCUGAACUCCUCUGGACUGAUCCAAUCACAGCAGCAGUGAUUUGAUUGACAGCGCUUUGUAUUUUUGCACACACGUUAGGCUACCUCUGCUUUCACAUCAGCUUUAUAGUCUUCUGUAGUUUUCCUCCCAGGCAUGUCAAAUACCAACGUGUCAGCUGCCUGCUUAUUGAACCCUUCCCUGGACUCACACUCACACUGUUACAGUAUCGUCACCCCACCUGUUUAGCCAGCAGUGUCCUUACAGCAAACAUCGUGUCGCUGCGUGCUCUCUCUCACACACACACACACACACACACACACACACACACACACACACACACACAGGACUCGCUGUGCAGUAGUGGUAAACUGGAAUAACGGUGUGGUUAUGUACAUUUUGUAAAUGGUGCCUGAUUCCCUAAAGUCUCAGACAUUACAUGUGAAGGAUUGUUCAGUUUUUGUAAUUUGAUUGGAUGUCACAGAACAGCUAAUGCUUAGUGAGUUUAUUCCUUUCCUUUAGCCUUUACGACCCCAUGACUCACACCAGGUUUAAUCAUGAUCUCCUCCGACUUGUGCGAGUGUCAUUAAUAAUUAUAAUUUCCGCUGCUGACCAGGCGACUUUUAUUGUUCUGAUGGUGCGUAGACGUCACAGUCGGUCGAGUUCAAACAGAUAGCGGAUCGGCACAGAUUGACCUGAAUUCAUCACGACUACUCUCUGGAAAAGCAAUAAUAUUUUUUUGCGUUAAAUGUAGUAAUAGAUCAGCCUUUAAAAUAACGUUUUUGGAUAAAAGGUAUUCGUUAGGGUUAUCAUCAGUAUUAAAAUGUCUUCUUUAUUUGUCCAUUUUGCACAGAAUCAGUCUCUAAAUUGCAUCAUGAUUUAAUUUUUAAUAUUUGGUGUCAUACUGCGAAGAAAUACUUGAACGUAGUUUCUUAGAACUCUUCUCAUGUGUCGGUCAAAGUGUACAUUUCCCACAGCUGUUAGAUGAACCUCUGUAAGGGCGACAAAAACAAAGUGUAACUACAGACUCGCUCAUCAAAUGUAAUAUACUGAAUGCAGAUCUUUAAACUGUAGAUCCCUUACACUGUUAAUGCAAACGAUGAUAAACUUCAAAUCCAAACGUG